AUGUUUACUCGUUCAAUCUUAAGAACCACUGCUUCAGUUGCAAGAACUACCCGUGUUGCUCCAAGAGCCACUCCAAUCUUCACCAGAGGUGUUAGAACUUUUAAACAAGAAGAUCAACCAAGAUUAAGAAUCGGUUCAGUUGCUCCAAAUUUUAAAACUCAAACUACUCAAGGUCCAAUUGAUUUCCAUGAAUACGUUGGUGAUUCAUGGGUUGUUUUCUUUUCACAUCCAGCUGAUUUUACCCCAGUUUGUACCACUGAAUUAGGUGCUUUUGCUGCUUUACAAGAAGAAUUCACCAAGAGAAACACUAAAUUAAUUGGUUUAUCUGCAGAAGGUUUAGAAUCACAUAACGCAUGGGUUAAAGAUAUCGAAGAAGUUUCUAAAUUAGACAAAUUUUCAUUCCCAAUCAUUGCUGAUACCGAUAAAGAAGUUUCAUUCUUAUACGAUAUGGUUGAUGAAGAAGGUUUCAAAAACUUGAAUGGUGGUAUUGUCCAAACUAUUAGAUCAGUUUAUGUUAUUGAUCCAAGUAAAAAAAUCAGAAUUUCAUUCACUUACCCACCAUCAGUUGGUCGUAACUCUGCUGAAGUUUUAAGAGUUAUUGAUGCUUUACAAUUAACCGAAAAAAGAGGUGUUGUUACUCCAAUUGACUGGACUGAAGGUAAAGAUGUUAUUAUCCCACCAAGUGUCACUGAUGAAGCUGCUAAAGAAAAAUUCGGUGAUUUCACUAAAGUUAAACCAUACUUACGUUUCACCAAAGCUUAG